AUGAUUGUCCUUCACUGGUUAGCAGGACCGGCUACUCGUUGGAAAACAUUUGUAGCCAAUAGGGUAACAAAAAUACGGGAUCUCAUUCCUAAUGCACAAUGGCUUCACAUUCCUUCUCAUCAAAAUGCAGCCGAUUGUGUUUCCCGAGGUCUUCGACCUAAGGAAUUUAUCCAACAUAAGAAUUGGUUGUUUGGGCCGGAUUGGUUGAAUGGUCCUAUAUCAACUUGGCCUGCAAAAACGGUUGAACCUUCCGGAGAUAUUGAUCAAGAAAGAAAAGCUAACGUUCUAAUAGUAAAGAGUGUCAUACCACCGAUCAAUCCUUUAUAUGAAUUAACGCAAAAAUUUUCUAGUUGGUGCAAACUUAAUCCGAAACCCAUUUUUCCAUUCAUGGGCGACUUACCAGUACCGCGCAUAACAGCCAGUAGAGCUUUCCUAAACGUCGGCGUUGAUUAUGCAGGCCCUUCAAUAUCUCCAUGA